CCGGGGCGGCGAUGAAAUUCCCGGGCUCCGUCCUCAUCUCGCUGUUCCUCUUCGUGGCCGAGACGGUGACGGCGCUGUACCUGAGCAGCACCUACCGCUCGGCGGGGGACCGCAUCUGGCAGUCGCUGACGCUGCUCUUCGCCCUCCUGCCCUGCGUCCUGGUCCAGUUCAGCCUCGUCUUCGUCCACCGCGACCUCAGCCGGGACAGGCCGCUGGUGCUGCUGCUCCACAUCCUGCAGCUGGGGCCCAUUGUCAGAUGCGUGGAAGUCUUCUGUAUUUACUUUCAUGCAGGUAGAGUUGAAGAGCCAUAUGUCAGCAUUACCAAGAAGAGGCAGAUGCCAAAAGAUGGGCACUCAGAAGAAGUGGAAAAGGAAGUGGGCCAGGCAGAGGGCAAGCUCUUUACACACAGAUCUGCAUUUAGUCGGGCAUCAGUCAUCCAAGCCUUCCUGGGCUCUGCGCCGCAGCUGACACUUCAGCUGUACAUAUGUGUCCUACAGCAAGAAAUUACGGCAGCUAGAAGUAUCUUCAUGACCCUCUCUCUCUUGUCGAUCGUGUACGGGGCACUGCGAUGCAACAUCCUGGCCAUUAAGAUUAAGUAUGACGAUUAUGACAUCAGCGUUAAGCCGGCUGCCUACCUCUGCAUCUUCCUCUGGAGAAGCUUUGAGAUUGCUACUAGGGUUAUCGUCCUUGUCCUCUUCAGCUCAGUCCUUCAAAUUUGGACCCUUCCAGUGGUCCUUGCGAAUUUCUUUGCCUUUUUCUUCCACCCGUGGAUUCUCUUCUGGCAAAGUAAGUGUACUUUGCCAGAAAAUAUAGAGAAGGCUUUGACCAAAGUGGGUACCACCAUUGUCUUAUGUCUUCUCACUUUCUUGUAUGCUGGAAUUAAUAUGUUUUGUUGGUCAGCUGUGCAGCUGAAACUUAAUGAUUCUGACUUAAUUGACAAAUCCCAAAACUGGUGCAGACUUGCUUUAUAUUACAUCUUGAGGUUCCUCGAGAAUGCUUUUCUCUUGUUGAUGUGGUACAUGUACAAGACAGAUGUCUAUACUUAUGUCUGUGCCCCCAUGCUGUUCUUGCAGCUGCUGAUCGGCUAUUGCAUAGCUGUCCUUUUUAUGCUUGUGUUCUACCAGUUUUGUCACCCAUGCAAAAAGCUUUUCUCCUCCAACAUUUCAGAAGGGCUGGUGCUGUGCUUCAAAUUCCUUUGUUUCAUCUGCAGACCUCUUGCAUCCAGCCCCUCUGCGGAAAAGGCAGACUUGAAAUCUCCAGAUGAUACUGAAAAUGACACCCAGGCCAGCUACAAGGCCAAUGAAUCACAAAAUGGAAAUGCCCACCAAAGUGUUUCUUCUAAUGCCUAGAACAAGCAGCUAAUGUCAAGGAGACACUGCAUAGAGCCACAGUCUACUCCCUCCAAGACUCCUGUGGCUUAUUUUAAGGGAGGGAGAAAACCUAGGAAUGUAUCUGAGCAGAUGGUUGUAGAUGUCUGAUACCCACAGUUUUGCACAAAAGUAUGUCCUUUGAUUAUCCCUCUGCUUAGCAUGGUAGGCAGCAUGCUGUCCUAGCAAGCUCUUGCAGUAUUGGUUUGGUUAUUCGGCAGAUGGGAAGAUGAAUGAAGCACUGAUCAUUAGAGAUGGAAGAGAUCUCUUCUAUACAAAAUGCAUGACGGGGAGUUCAUAAACGUUGUCCUAGAGAGCAUCCCCUAAUCAUGUAAUAAUAGCUAAUGCAAGUAGUUGGGCAAAUGAGUUAAACAGAUCAAUAGAAAGGGGAGAGAGCAAAGCGUCUUGGGCUCAUCACAGGGAUCAGCAAAGUGUGGGCUCCCAUAUACUGUUGGAGUGCAACACCCAAGAGCUCUAGGCAACAUAACCAAUGGGAAUGAAUGCUGGGAACUUCAGUCCAACAGAAUCUGGAGAGCUGCACUUGGUCAAACCCAGGUUAAUUGUCUGCUUUAAAGCUUUAUUGAAGCUGGACUUUUUUUCUCCCAGUGCCAAGUUGGCUUUGUGUUGGCUGUGGUGUGAUCUUACUGUGACUGGUGUGAGUCCAGAAAGGAUUGUACAAAAUCACCUUUUCUGUUUAAUUCAAAAGUUGGACACUGUCUUGCUGGCCACAUUUUCCCUCUAAGUGCCACAGAUGUAGACUGUCUCCUAAAGGCAAUUUCAAGGCUCGAGAUUUUUCCAGUUGGUUUUUGUUAUUGUAUUUGAUGGUCUUGCUUAAUUGUGUUUCUGCUUUGUACAGUGUUAAGAAAGUUUUGGCAGCUGCAUACAAUGGAGAUUCCAUUAUGGGAAGUAGUUAAGUGUAAAGUCAUUGAAAGGAAGCAUCAGCAAUGUCUUAAGAUCAAUAUCUGGUAUUUUAUAUAAAUUUUCCAUUAUGUCAAAACCACUGAUGUUAUUGAAAAGUAGUAUUAUUAGAAGUAUUUGAGUGGCAUUAGGUCCUAAAAUCAGAAACCAAGAUGGCACAACUGAUUUGGAUAUUGAAGUUUGACAGGAGGGAGAAAUGAGUUCAAAUUCCAGAGGCCUCUGACUCAUCCUCUUUGGCUGUUUAUUGCACUUUGUAGCUUUCCAAAGAUACAUGUUAUUCAGAGUGAUUGUUUACAAUGCAAUCCUAUGCAUGUCAGUUCAGAGGUCAGUUCUAUUACUACUGUUUUUUUCUGUGUAUAAGAUGCCCCCCACUUUUCUAACCCGAAAUUAAGAAAUCAAUAUUUUAAACGUAAAACAGAACACAUUUUUAUUUAGUAAUUAGGCAACAUUUACACACCAGUACCGGUAUGCAUCAUACUUUAACUUUAUUCAGCCUCUGGGCUUGGCAUGCUCGGACAUUACCAGUCCCUGUUGCAUCUGAACACUGCCUACA